AAAUUUCCGUAUAAUUUUUACAUUGUAUAUCUGUGACCUAAUAAUACACAUGUUCUACUUUUAUCAGCCUCUGGAAUUUUCUAAUACCAUAAAUCUCAGCACAUGCUAUAAUUUUAUAUAAAUGAUAAAAAAAAAAAAAAAAAUUGGUACAUCCGUACAUAUAUAUCAUGAUAUUUCCCUUGCCCCAAAAUCAUUACCAAAUGGAACAAUUCAAUUGGUGCCUAAAAUUUGGCACAACUAAUUCUGAAAUUAAAUAAUAGUUCAACCAUCAAGUCUAGCUAUCUUCCAUUUAUAUCUACAUCCCAUUUCCCAAGCCUCAAACCAAACAUAGAAAGAUAUUGAUAGAGCAUUAUUAAUUCUGUGAGCUAGAUGGCAAUUUACGAGUUUGUGUUGAUGGUAGCUCCACUGGUUCUUGUGUGGUACUUGGCAAUUAGAAGAGGCAAGACGCCGUCGGAGCCGACGACGUGGCCGGUGCUGGGGAUGCUGCCGGCUGUUCUCCUUAACCUCCGCCGGAUACACGACUACGCCACGGAAGUCUUAACCGAAUGCGGCGGCACCUACAUGUUUAGGGGGCCGUGGCUGUGCAACAUCGACAUGCUGGUGACGUGCGACCCCGCCAACAUCCACCACGUCUUCAGCCGAAACUUCUCCAACUAUCCCAAGGGCCCCGAGUUCCGCAAGAUCUUCGACAUCUUGGGCGACGGAAUCUUCGGCGCCGACUUCGAGCUCUGGGAGAUUCACCGCAAGACCACGCUCGCGCAGCUCACGCAUGCGGAUUUCAACGCCUACCUGCAGAGGACCGUUUGGCACAAGGUGGAGACGGGCCUUUUCCCCGUUCUGGAUCAUUUCUGCGCAGAGGGAAAGGAUUUGGAUUUGCAGGAUGUUUUCCAGAGGUUGACUUUCGAUAAUAUCUGCAAAUUCGUGGUGGACUACGACCCCUGCAGUUUGCGCCCCGACUUGCCUUUUCUUCCUUGCGAGAAGGCUUUCAGCACCAUAGCGGAGCCGCUGCUGCACCGGCAUCUAGUCCCCGAGUGGAUGUGGAGGCUGCAGAAGUGGCUCAACGUUGGCGACGAGAGGACCUUAGCUAGGGCCGCGCUAGCCUUGGAUGAUUUCAUCUACCCGAGAGUCGCCUCCGGGAGCGGAGAGGAUAACAUUGACGGCGUGAAUGUCUUGAAAGCCUUCGAGAAGGUGUACAGAGAGAGAAACAUGGGUGCCUCAAAUGGAAGUCUGAGAGAUUUCCUCAAGGACACCUCGGUGAGCCUGAUGUUCGCCGGCAGAGACACGACCAGCACGUGCCUCACGUGGCUCUUCUGGCUCAUCGCUCAGAACCCAGCAUCGGAAACCAAGAUUCUAGAAGAAAUGGAAGCGGAGCUGCGUCUCAAGAAAUGGAGAUUCUUCAGCGCACAAGAGACGCACAGGCUAGUGUACCUGCAUGGAGCCCUGUGCGAGUCGCUGAGGCUAUUCCCGCCGGUGGCGCUGGAGCACAAGGCGCCGCUCCGCCCGGAUAUUCUUCCGAGCGGGCAUCAGCUCCAAGCUGACGGGAAGCUCAUAAUAUCGUUCUACUCGGUGGGGAGAAUGGAGAGCGUGUGGGGGAAGGAGUGCUUGGAGUUUAAGCCGGAGAGGUGGAUUUCUGGGAGCGGGAAGAUCAAACACGAGCCGUCCUCUAAGUUUCCGGCGUUCAACGCGGGGCCCAGGACGUGCUUGGGGAAGGAGAUGGCGUUCCUGCAGAUGAAGAUGGUGGCGGCGGCGAUACUGUAUGGGUACAAGGUGAGAGUGGUGGAGGGCCACCCGGUAUCUCCUCGGGAUUCGAUCAUACUGCAAGCCAGGGAUGGAUUGAAGGUGUUGUUAUCUAAGAGAAAUUGGAUAUGAGCCAAUCAUUACAAGAUGCGGAUAAGGGUAAGCACUGCAGGGAUUACUACUGUAGCCUUCAUCACAUGUUAUGCUUUGCUUUUUUCGACUACGAGACAAGACAACGAGCUAGAGACACGGUUGUUGCGCCACUCCAUCUAUGUAUUUUCUUAUACAUGUUUCCAUCUUAUACUAUUACCAUUAUUGUGCUUUAA